AUGUCGGAACCCGGCAAAGAUUCAAUCCCUACGAGCGCAGACCCAAGGAGCAAACGGCCAACGAAGCGCCGGCAGCUCACACCAGUCUCCGAACAAGCAAACCAAAUCAACGUCCUCUUCAAAGACCCCAGCAAAGAAGUCCACCUAGCACCUAUAUCCAAACCGCGAACACUAGACUCUCUCGGACCACCACCAGAGAUCGUCGCGAAUGUUCAGGGUUCAUCUGCCGGUGCGGGCUCGGGCGAGUUUCACGUCUACAAGGCGAGUCGGCGGAGGGAAUACGAGCGCUUACGAUUGAUGGAGGAGGAAUCAAAACGGGAAAAAACAAAUGAGGAAUUUGAGAAGAAGAGGGCUGAGACACAGCGAAAAGAUCAGGAGAAGACGGAUAGGAAUAGAAGGAAACGUGAGAAACGCAAGGCAGCGGCGGCGAAGAAUAAGACUGGUGCUUCCUCCUCAACUGCGAUGGAUGUAGAUGGGGAUGCCGAGAAGAAGGCAAAGGCACCUCCGUCUCGAAUUGGGCCUCAUCCUCCACGGGUUCCGAAUCAUACUAUGCAAGCGGAUGAGAAUAAUGGGGAACAGCAGAUUUAUGAGGAGCAGGGGGUUAUAAUUCAUGAUGACGACUGA